UAUCCUUUUUUCUUUUUCUUUUUUUUGCUUUUAAGCGGCUGACGCAAAAGUCCCUAAACUUCCUUAAAAUCCACGUCAAAGCCGAUGGGUGUGUUUUGCCGGCAUCUUCUUCCACUGAUGUUUCCAGCCGCAACGGGAGCUGAAUAUGAAGGACAGAUUGGAGGAGCUGAAGAGCCGAGUUAACGAAGAUGGGGACUCUCUGGAACUGGACGAGGCCCUCUCCUUCGACAACCCUGUUUUCAAAGAGGGGGACAGCAACCCCAUGGGCAAAGUUUUCCAGGAGAUCAGCAGCAUCUCCUUGGCCCUUCGUAAACUGGAGGAAUUAUCUGUGAAUAUCGACAGGAAGCAGCAACAGGUGUUGUGCUGUACCACCGAGGAAAGCAUCUACAAAGAGAAACAGGAGCUGAGCCAGGUUAAAGACACUUUCACCAAGGAAGCCAAAACCAUUCAUCCCAAGCUCAACAGCAUCCAGGAGUCUCUGGCGAAGGAGGGCGAGCAGCGAUUGGCCAUCAGCCGCAUCCGCCACAACCAGCUCUUGGUCCUCAUUGGCCGCUACCGCGACAUCAUCACCCGCCACUACACCAAGGAGACCCAAUACGUGGAGAAGCUGAAGGAGCAGAUCAGAAGACAGACAGAGUUGGCAGGCUUGAGUCUGCAGGAAGAGGACAUCAGGCAGCUGGUGGAGAGCCCAAUGGCGCCGCGCAUUGUGGGGCAGGACCUGGAAGUGCUCAAAGCCAAGCAGCACCUGGCCAUGGCUCACAUGCGCCACCAACAGCUGCUCGAUUUGGAAGCUCAGAUUACCGAGCUUCACUCUCUCUUCUUGCACAUGGAGAUCCUGGUUGCGGAGCAGCAGGAGAACAUCAACAGCAUCGAAUACAACGUCUUGCACACGCUCGACUACAUCUGCCAGUCGAACCAGGAGGUCAAGAAAGCCCUCAAAUAUGAGCGGCAAUCCCGGUUUGCUGCUGCGUUGUCCGCGCUGCUGGGACUCUGUGCCUGUUGCACGUGCUUAUCCUGCAUGGCCUCCCCGAGCGUGAUACGGUGAGCGAACGAUAGGGGCAGGCCUGUGGCUGAGACCCCUCUGGACCCUUUGAUGUGCAUGCAGAGAGAGACAUUUGGGAUGGAUGUCUUUGCACGUUGAAAGACGGUCUGACUGUUAUUUUUCUAGAGAAAAAACUACUUGUCUUUGGCUUAUCAUCCUUGGGUUUCUACCAGUGCUCUGAACAAUGAUUCCUUAACACCGAUGACACAGGUUUGUUUCUCCCAUGGUAUCCUUAGGAUGAACAUUUCGAAAAGAAUGGCACCAUAGGUCAAAUUUGCUCAGAGGCCAAACCUUCUAAUGGAGACUUGGUAAUCCCGGAUGUGUCUCAGAUGGCCAAAGACUACUGAGCUCUGAGGGAAAGACACCGAGGCACUCUUUUGUAUUAUAUCUUUGCACCUUCCAGACCUAGCACUGAAAACAGGUUCUAGUAGAAACCUGAAAUCCUGAUGCACCCUGGUGAAACUCCGGGGAUUUCUGUACUAUGAUUUAGCCCAAAGGAAGUACCUGGUAUGUGGGAUCCAAUUCUAGCCUCUGGUUUUGAACUUCUGUUUUCUUUUUUUGUUGCUGCUAACAUUUGCAAUUUUCCCUUGGCUGCAUUCCAUUCAAAGAACCCCAUGUCCUCCUUUUCAGUGGAGUACUAUUUAAAAUGAUUCAGUUUGCACAGUGCUAACUUUAUUUAUUUCCCAGAUAUUUUAAUAUAAGGUAGAUUGCGUCUGCUACGGCUUUGUUUCAUUCUAUGCAUUGAAGAUUUCAAAUGGUUUCCAAUCUGAUGAUUCCUUUGCUUUUGAAUAACCUGCAGUAUGACUUAUGGGUGUUAAGUUUACAUGAAAAGUUUCGUAAAAGAAAAGAAAAAAGAAAAGAAAAAGAUCCGUGUCCUGUUACACAUCAAUUUGGGUUUCCACGUUGUGUUUGAAUUUUUAGAAUGUUUCUGUGGCAGGCAAAAAGCAUUUUCAGGGGCCCUGAUCCACCGAUCCUACAGGCGUAGCUUUGAAUUGCAUGCUGGCCGCUUCUUGAAAGGACCCACCUCAUUUAUCACCUGUUCUUGCUGUUGAUAGCCCUCUUCGGCAGCAACGUUCUCAUUAACAGGAAGUCCCCUAACCACACGAGUGCUUGCUAGCUUCCUAGUUUGUGUGAACAUAGCAUCUGAAAAAAUCCUACGUUUCCAGGGCCUGUAGGAAAACAAGGCAG